UGCUCUUGAUAAUACAGAUUGAUUGGCAGUGCAAAACCCUAGCCCGACUCGGCACCCAUGGCCGCCAUACAGCAUCUAUAAGAGGUUGGCGAUCGGGCCAAACCCUCAUACCACCAGCAGUACCUACCUAGCUACGUGUGCAAAGAUCGAUCCAUCGAUCGCCAGGUUAGCUAGCUACUAGGGCAGCCAUGGCGUUGACGAGCGACAACGAGGAGGAGUACUACAGCAGCCCCGAGGAGGCGGAGGAGGCCGGCGACGACGACGACCGGAUGAGCUUCCGGACCGCCUCCAACGAAAGCGACAAUGACGCCGGCGCCGGCGACGACGCCGAUGAUGAUUGCUUGUAUGGCGACAGCGACGGCGACGGCGACGAUGGCAUGUACGAUGAAUACGAGGGGGACGAGGAGGAGGGGCUGGAGGAGGUGGAUGAGGAAGGCGGCGUCCUGGACGAGAUGAGGUUCACGGCGACGCAGUACGCCGUGCUGACCAUGGACGAGGUGCGCGCGCGGCAGGAGGAGCACACGGCGCGGGUGGCCGACCUGAUCGCGCUCCCGCCCGCGCUCGCGGCCGCCGUGCUCCGCCACUUCAAGUGGAGCGCCCAGGGCGUGUGGGAGCGGUGGUUCUCGGACGAGCACAAGGUCCGCGACGCCGUCGGCCUGCCCGCGGACGGCGACGCCGUCUCCGUGGCCGUCAACGACGCGCCCCUCACCUGCUACAUCUGCUUCGACGCGCACGGCCCCGGCGAGAUGCGGUCCGCCGGGUGCGCCCACUUCUACUGCCGCGGCUGCUGGAGCGGCUACGUGCGCGCCGCCGUCGGGGACGGCGCCCGCUGCCUGUCGAUCCGGUGCCCGGACAUGGGCUGCUCCGCCGCCGUGGUCCGCGACCUGGUCGACGACGUGGCGGACGCCGACGACGCGAAACGGUACGGCGAGUUCCUGGUCAGGUCGUACGUGGAGGAGAGCAAGAGGCUCCGGUGGUGCCCGGCGCCCGGGUGCGACCGGGCCGUGGAGUUCGACGGCGAGAAGUGCACGGUGCAGCUGGACGCGUGGUGCGCGUGCGGGCACGGCUUCUGCCUCGUCUGCGGCGAGGAGGCGCACCGCCCGGUCGCGUGCGACACGGUGCGGGGGUGGCUGGACAAGAACCGCUCCGACUCGGAGACGGCGCAGUGGGUGCUGGCUAACACGAAGCACUGCCCGGAGUGCCGCCGCCCCAUCGAGAAGAACCAGGGGUGCAUGCACAUGACGUGCUCGCCGCCGUGCAAGCACCAGUUCUGCUGGCUCUGCCUGGGACCCUGGGGCAAGCACGACGGCGGCAACUACAACUGCAACACCUACAACGCCGCCAGGGCGGAGGGCAAGUACACGGAGGAGGAGCUCCGGCGGGCGCAGGCCAAGGCGUCGGUCGACCGCUACCUGCACUACUACGAGCGCUGGGGCGCGCACGAGCGGUCCCGGCAAAAGGCGCUCGAGGACACGGCGGCGCUCGGCAAGGACGGCGCGCAGAGGGAGGCCGUGGCCGCCGCGUUCGGGGUGGUGGAGACGGAGCUCGACUUCCUGGAGGAGGCGUACCGGCAGGUGGCCGAGUGCCGGCGGAUGCUGCGGUGGACGUACGCCUUCGGCUACUACCUGGACGACCCGGCCAAGCGCGACCUGUUCGAGGACCUGCAGAGCCAGGCCGACAAGUCGCUGGAGCGCCUGCACGAGUGCGCCGAGAAGGACAGGACGAGCCUCGUCGCCGAGGCGGCCGGCGAGCACGGCGCGGUGGCCGACAAGUACCUGGAGUUCAGGCCCAGGCUGUCGAGCCUGACGGCCGUGGCGAGGAACCACUUCGAGAACAUGGCCAGGGCGUUCCGGGACGGCCUGGCCGAGGUCGAGGUCGACCCCGCCGUUGCCGCCCGCCGCGCUGCCGCCACCCCUCCUCCACCACCGCUGGACGACGACGACGACGAAGACUUCUUCGAAGAGCUGCGGAUGUAAAUCAAUCAAUCGUAGAUUUAUCAGUACAUGCAGUACCUGUACAACGUAGUAAUUGGCUCAACCGAUCAUAUUGGCUAGGAUUAUCAAGUGGGCACAACUCUGCAAACAGUGAAACCAGAUUUACACCUGAUCAAACUGUAAUUGUCAACAUUUUUUUACUAUUUGAUAAUAGAUGUGCGUGUGCUUUCGUGUA